UAUCGCUACGCCGGGACAAAACUUCAAUUGCAGCACAAUGGCGUCCUCCUCCUCUCAGCGUAUGGUACACCAGGAUUAUAUCGCAAGAAUUCGAUAUUCAAACGCCCUACCACCUCCUCCCAAUCCUCCCAAGCUCCUCGACAUCCCAAAUACCGGCCUUGCGUCUGGUCAAUACACAACACCUGGCUUUGCAUCAAGACUUGCGCGUGAUCAGCCGCUCAAUAUCGAGGCAGAUGCCGAGUUGGGAAUGCCGUUAGAUCUGGUUGGUAUGCCAGGAAUUUUUGAUGGUGACGAGAGUUCGAUACAAGCACCGUUACAUCCACCACCAAUCCAUGCACAUGAUCGCGCUCUACUCCGUCCACUGGCAUCUCUGGGAAAGCCUAAGUUCUCUGACUCUGGUGUGUCCUUCCUACGACGUACCGAGUACAUCUCCAAUGCCAGCAAACCCAACCGAUUCGAGUCAACCACAUCAAGAUCUCUGAUCGACAAGACGGGAAGCAGGAACAAGAGGGCUCCAAUAAAUGCAGACAAAGAAUCACCUGAAUACAUCAAGAGCCAAGCGGAGAAGAGCUUCACGAUUGCAGCCAACAUGCUUAACAGCAUCCGAGACAUACGACAUCCCAGCGGCAAGACAAACCUGCGCGUAAUGGAAGCGUAUCCCGUCCUCCCCGAUCUCGACUCCUUCCCCGACGCAGGUGGCUACUGCACCAUCAAAUUCAAUACCAAUCCUGUGCCACCCAGCUCGACCUACGAUAUUCGUCUCGAGCAUGCUUUGCUGAAGCCCACCGAAGCUUCCGAGGAAGAAGAGCGCGCCAGACAGAUCAUUAGAGAAAACUACGAGCGCGAUCCAGACCACUAUCCUCCUCCUGACGAGACAUUGGAAUACGAGUUCUUCAUGGCAGAAUCUGCGUCCGACGCUCUAUCCUUCAAGCGCAAAUUCGACCCCCUUGACCCCGAGAAAGACAGCGACGCGCUAUACCCGCAAAAAACUGGCAAUGGGCAGCCCUGCUUCAGCUACAAACGGAUCCGUCCAUACGAGAGCGAAAGCGCAUUGGGAUCUAUCGCCAACAAAUUCGACGACGAAAUCGUACUUGCCGUCAGUGAUGGCAAGGACGGCUUGCGCCAGAAAGCUGCGUACUAUUAUCCCAUCGUGCAAAGGAUCAAGAUCAGGCCGCAGCGCAAUAAGAAUAUCCAGAGCAAGAGAAAUAGGUACACUCCUGGCGCACCAAAGGAGGAUACGGACAGGCAGACGGACUACCUGCAAGUAAUGAUUGAGGAACCGGAUGAGAUUAUGAUUGCUGAGCGAGAAGUUUUCAAGACUCAGCCAUUUGGGAAGGAGGAAGCUGACGGGGAUGACGCUGAUGCUGAUGCUGAUGCUGAUGCCGAUGCGGAGGGCGAUGCUGCUUAAGCGAGUAGGAGGCAUAUGCAUAGAAUCAACAGUCGUGAAGGAGAGACAGAUGUGCGCAUCUCAAUUUUGUACAAAGUUUGAGGCCGCCAAGGGCUAAUUCCCCAAUGUAGUAGCAAAGUAGAAGGCUAUAAGAGUCAUCUGGUGAAGCAGAGGCGCAUCUGCUAAGAUUGGUGAAGCAACUCGAAUGAGGAUAAUAGCAAGGCUGUAGACAACUUACCUUGCCAUGUGUAUAAUAGCAUAAGGCUUCAAGCCAACAGAAUGAAGGCUACAUCACGAUACCAG